GUAGCUGACACUCUGCAGGAGGCGGUCGAUGCGAACAGGGGAAGUGAGUGGCUGUUCGCCUUGCCUCGCUGGCCGUAACAGAGCCGCUUUGUGGAGCCAUGUUAAACCGGGGAUCCCUGAACUUGUUUGGGGAGCCAGCUAGCUGCCUUGGCUAGUGGCGUCACAGGGGAAAGUAUUGUCCCGCCUCAGCGUUAUGAGCACAGGCAGAGGAGGCGCUUCCUAGAUAUGGUAGCCUAAACUAAGCAGCGCCGCCCGUGCAGCGAGGCCCCAGCAUCAUGUGAAGCGGGCUCGGGGGCCACAAGUGACCAGAACUUGCCACAUCCCGAGCCCAGCUAUUCCAGUAGAUGCCAUCUACCUGGGGAUGUAGAAAAUUAUCCAGGAUGCCAGCACUAUUCGGGCUUUUCAGUGUGUGCCUCCUGGUGAUAACGGGAAGUUUGUACCACCCCCGCCUCCUGAGUGAUGAAGUUGAGAGUGAAGAGGUUCAGUCAAGGAUGAAGGAGCAGGAGAGCAAGUAUAAGCUGGAGAUGGAGCGACUCCAGAAAGAAGUGGAUGAAAAGAAUGAUCCUGAGCAGGAAAUGAAGGUCAACACAUUGGUAAAAACAGAAAACUCAACACAGAUUGAUUGGAACACCUGGAACAUUCUCUUGAUGGUUACAAUUCUGUUCUUGGAACUAUGGAGACAGGACACAUGUCCACAUACACCACAAGACUAUAACAGUGAGGAAGAGGAAGAAGGAGAGAAGGAAAAUGAAUUUCCUCAGAGAAUUUACAACAACAUUUUGAAUAUUCCUGACAAAUGUGUUUUGGAUCAGUUUUACAACACAUGUAUUCAGAACGUGAGCCAAGAGCCAAUGCAGACGUGCGAAUUUGUAGAGAGCUUUGUAGACAACCUGUUGGAAGCCUGUAGGAAUAUUUGCCAAUGGGAUUCUGAGCUGAUCCUCGAAGAUUGUGUUGGCAUCGGUAGUCAGUUUGAGAAAUGGGGCUGCAAGACACCCACGGUGUAUGACAUUUUGGUUCCAAUUUUUCUUCAGGAUGGAUAUUGCUUUAAACCCGAGAUUUGUUGCUGUGACCUUCCACCUGAUAAGCAAAGUUAUGGCCGGAUUGUUAUGGUAACACCUGGAAGUACUGACUUGGGUUGCCUGUGUAAAAGUACUGAACUCGAGGGUGAUGUUCUUUGUCUUAUUCACAGUAAAAGGUUUGAAGCUGAUGUUCGUGCAAAUUGCCUGGCUUCUAUCGUGUGUUCCGAAUGGUAUCUAGACUACAAGAAAGUUCUAAAAUGGUUCAGGGUUGCACUAGCAAAAUCCUGGAACAAAGUUUGUCAUAAGUAUGACUUUGAUCUUUCUUUCCACAAUAUUACGGGUUGCUGUGGUUUAAAAGUCCAGUAUCAGUCUGGACGAAACAUCUAUAUUAAAGCCUUCCCUGCUGUGCGGCUGAAGGAUUCAGAUGUCUAUCUUGUAUCGCGCUUUCCUGAUUAUACCAAGAAUACAGUGCCAUCCACUACCUACUGGCACAUAUCCUGUGCUGUCUGCGAGUACAGAUUUCUGAAAAUCAUGGCAAAAAGCGUUCCCAAAAACAGUUGUCACCUCAAAUGCCUUCAAAUAUUGAUCUUUCUAACUGAAAAGCUGCGCAGCUCUCCAGACCAGCGGAACAUUCUUGGGUCCUACUUUUUUAAGACUGUCCUUAUGCAUCUGUUGUUAAGUCAGCCAUAUUCAAACUGGCAUGAGUGUCACCUGGAACAUCGGCUCAGAGACAUUUUGAAGUAUCUUGGAAAAUGCUUGGAUGAGAAACGGCUCUAUCGAUUUAUGAUUGGAAACCAAACAUUUCCUAAGCAAAUGGGAAUUCCAGAAAUGCUUCUAUAUGCAGAGCCUAUAAACCUCUUCCGGUCCUUUGUAACACAGCGUGACUCUUACGGUCAGGCACUUAUGGAAUAUCAGAAAAUAUUAAGGGACAUGGGUCCAUUAAUGAUGGAAAGCAUUAAAGAUAAUACAGUCAGCUGACUGAAAACAGAGCCUUUGCUCCUAGGUUGGGAGCAGAAUUAUUUAACAGAUAUGUAAUAUUUACAUUUCCACUCAGAGUACAUUUAAUAGAUGUUAUUUACAUGGCACUCAUUUCUCUUCUUUAAUACAUGGACACAUUUCUGAUGCCAUUUUAUUGUUAAAUGUUCUCCCCAAGUCAAAAUAGUUGUGUGUUUUUACUGGCAGAUAUUUCAACUCUCCACUUUGGUUUCCAUUCCUGAUAAUGCACUCAGAAUGUCAAUAUGGACAUCCUGAUAUUGCAAAUUUGUUGCAAGUAGCUGUACACUGAGGAUGUUCACAUGUGACAAUGGACAACUGAACUGGCCUCAACAUUCUGAAUGGGAUGAGUAGGCAGUGGCCAAUCCAGUCAUUACAAAAGGAUUUGGGAAGGUGUAAAUUCAGUGAGAAGUCAGGCCCACUGUAUUCUGUUACAGUGGUGAGGGGUAGAUAUUUUCAAAAUUUAAACCAAACCAACAAUUGAGCAAAAUUAACAGUCCAAACUUGUUCUGUGGCCAGAUUGAAAUAAUAAUGCAGUGAUUAAGAGUUUAUUGUGUAUGUGCUCUCAAAUCCUCAUAUUAGUAUCAUUAAUCAAGUCCUUUAUUUGAUGCUGGGCUCUUAUCACACACCUCAAAAUCAUCACUGUAAAGAAAUGAACAAAAAAAAUCAUGUUAUUCCCUCUGGCCAAGUCUUAAGGAUGUUGUUGAUAAUUGCAGAGUUUGACCGCUUGUUUUUCCUCAUUGAAUUUCACAGUUCUGCACUUGUUUUUUUGUUGUGAGCCUAAUGGUACAUUUUUAAACAAAACCGAUAUUUGUGCAAGGGCAUAACAAGGAUUUUAAAAGGAUCUUUUCAACUAUUGUUCCAUCUUUUUUUAAACAUGAGAGUUCAAUGGAUGUGUGCCCUGUGGGAUGUUGAUGAGCUGAGACCUCAGAUCUGCAGUGCAAUUCCUUAUUUGAAGAAAUGGUGGUGGACUGGCUUUAACUGGAAGCCCGAGUCCAGCUUUUGGUUGAACAAUACUAUGUACUCGGGUAAGCUCUGCUGAACCUCCAAUUCCUGGAAGAAAUAUUCAAAUAGUUGUAACUAUGAUCACUAAUUUUGUCAUCUCCAGCAUGUUGCCAUCUUUAUUGUUCCCUGACGCUGUUUCUUCUGCUUUUGCUCUUCGAACUCCCAUACUUGUUUCCCCUAUGCAUUUAAAUGAAAAUUCACCUUAAUCUCAGAAAACUUUAAAAAUGUGCAUUUUUAAAAAAAUCUUUCUAUUCCUUUUAUACGUUAGCAAUGUUUAAGAAAUAAUGAAUUAAUCAACAACAUCAUUGUUACUCUUUUCAACUUGGCCUUGGACAUUUAUCCAUGGUCAUUUUUAAAAAUGCAGCGUUCCACCCUAAUGUGUAUAAUAGGGUGCUUUUGAGUCAUCUGUACGCUGUAUUUUACAAUGAAUAAACCUGUUGUAGCUUCGAA